AUGAAAAAUAGUAAAGAAACAGCAGAACUUCUUAUUUCAAAUGGUGCAAAUAUCAAUGAAAAAGAUAAAAAUGGAAUGACCCCACUUCAUAAUGCAGCAUAUAAAAAUAGUAAAGAAACAGCCGAGCUUCUUAUUUUACAUGGUGCAAAUAUCAAUGAAAAAGAUAACGAUGGAAAAACAGCUCUUCAUUAUGCAGCAAUGAAAAAUAGUAAAGAAACAGCAGAACUUCUUAUUUUACAUGGUGCAGAUAUCAAUGAAAAAGAUGACGAUGGAAAAACAGCUCUUCAUUAUGCAGCAAUGAAACAUAGUAAAGAAACAGCAGAACUUCUUAUUUCAAAUGGUAUAAAUAUCAAUGAAAAAGAUAACGAUGGAAAAACAGCUCUUUAUAUUGCAGAAAUAAAUAAUCGUGAAGAAACAGCAGAACUUCUUAUUUCAUAUGGAGCACAUCAAUAA